GAAUUGAUUUGAAUCAAGCGAGAGGUACUCAAGGUUGCAGAUGUUUGUGAGUCACUUCUUUAGAAUUAUUCGGCGAACGACUUGUGUAUAGUGUUGAUGUUUUGUUUUGUGUUUCUGACAAAAAAUAUCGUCAAUGAAUUUCGAGCAAAAUGCUUUUCACGAAGUGACGUUUGAUGAUCUACCAAAUGAGGUUCUCCAGCACAUUUUCAGCUUCCUCAACCACGAGGACUGCUUGGCGGCGUCACUGGUUUGCCGCCGCUGGAACUGCAACGCGUUCCAGAUCAGGCUAGUUGCGCUCGACAUCCGGCUCGAUUCACCCAGCUUUAAAAGUACCGUUUCAACGCUGAUGGCUAGUGAGCGCAACUACAGACACCUAAGGGUGUCCACGCUGGGAUUGCCUCCGGAGGUGUUUGGGAAAUAUUGCAACUGUUUGGAGACCUUUGAAAUGUCCUUCGUAGAGGAGGAAGAUUUUUUGUACCAUCUGUACAGAUUGAAACGGCUUGAGUGUCUCAUUAUCGGCUACAAUGUAUUCCCUAAGGAGUUCAAUCUCUCUGGGCCUCCUUACAGAAGCUUGAAGGCAAUAAGAGCCCACCAUAAUGAAUAUGCCAGCUUUACAAACUUUAACACUUUUAUCAGUGUUAUAUUUCCUGCCCUCGCCUUCUUGAAGCUGGAAGAUGGAAUUUUUGACACUCACACCCAGUUCCGUCUAUCAAAUCUGCCCCUGCUGGAGGAGUUGGAGAUCGAUACGAGACACAUCAUUGACUGCCACCUGUUGGAGGACUUCAAAUCGCUUCCCAAACUUAGAAACGUCAAACUGCGCUGCAGUGAGCUUCGCAAAAUGGAUCAAAUCGAUCCGGACACUCGACUGGGUCAAGUCCGGAGCUUGGAGGUCGCUGUUGGUUACGGCGACGUUUAUCUGCUACGAUUGGUGGAGAUGUUUCCAGCGCUGACUCGGUUUGUGGCGGAAGCGAAAGUAGAAUAUUUAGUUGAUAGCGUUGAAGCAAGGAAACGAAUCCCGAAUUGUCAUUUUGAAGUGUUUGAAUUGAAAGAAAUGAACUAAAAAUAAAAAU